AUGGAGCAAGUGCAGCUUGCGUCUGCAACACCGAAACCGAAACCGAAACCGAUGCCAAAUCCCAAACCCGAGGAUGGCGCUCAACAAGAAGACAUCAUGGAGAGUCCCUCACCAUCUCUUCCGGCGGAAGACUGGUUCGCCUGGUUGCAAGUUCUAGGGGCUUUUAGCCUGAAUCUGAAUACAUGGGGCCUCAUGAACGCCUACGGAGCCUUCCAGGCCUUCUAUGAACUUGAAUUGCUGUCCUCGAGGUCAUCCUCGGACAUCUCAUGGAUUGGCUCGACGCAGGCGUUUCUCAUGUUCAUCAUCUCGAUGGUCGUGGGACCGAUCGUCGACGCAGGCUAUCUGCGAUCGCUGCUCGGGAUGGGAUCUCUCCUCGCCGUGCUCGGCCUUUUCAUGACGAGCCUGUGCAAUGAAUACUGGCAGGUUUUCCUCGCUCAGGCCAUUACCAUGGGCCUGGGCUUUGGCUGCCUUUACGUGCCUGCUCCGACGAUUGUCUCGCAAUACUUCCAUGCCAGCACUGCGCUUGCGAUGGGCGCAUCUUCAGCCGGUAGUGCCCUCGGCGGCGUCAUAUAUCCGAUCAUCUUCACACGUCUCCAGCCGCGGAUAGGUUUUCCCUGGGCGACUCGAGUCCUCGGGUUCAUCGUGCUGGCAACACAGCUCGUCCCAUUAGUCCUCAUGAAAUCCAAAGCCAGCCCCACAACGAAGUAUAGCCUGGUCGAUAGGACCGCGUUCAGAGACGUGCCGUUCAUCCUGCUAAUCACCGGCCUUAUCUUCGGCUUCAUGGGCUUCUACAUCAUCUUCUACUACAUCGAGCUCUACGCCUACCAAGAAAGCAGCACUCCAGCGCGCCUCCAGUCCUACCUUCUCGUCAUCAUCAACGCCAGCUCCCUGCCCGGCCGUCUCAUCCCGGGCUACUACGCCGACAAGAUGGGGUCCAUCAACGUGCAGACCAUCGUCGCCUUUACCGGUGCCCUCUUGACCUUUUGUCUCCUUGCCAUCAAAAACGCCCCGGGCCUGGUGGUCUACUGCGUCAUCUACGGGUUUUCCGCCGGCGCCUUCAUGGGAUUACCCGCUGCGGGGGUGGUGAAUCUCUCAGCGGAUAAGGGAAAAAUUGGUGCCCGGCUGGGAAUGACGUUAGCUGCUGUGGGAUGCGGUGUCCUCGUGAGCAACCCUAUUGCGGGGGCUAUUCUGGGCGGCAGCGGGGGCUGGGUUGGCCUCAUUGUAUGGUGCGGCGCUCUGCUUACGGCUUCAUGUAUUAGCAUGGCCGCGAGUAGGAUACGCAAGAUAGGCUUUGGGUUUAAAAAGGUGAUAUGA